UUUCUAUCAAACUUGCCAAAAUGUCGUGCUGCCACGAACAACCGCAAGGACAAGGUAUAAAAUUCAUCGACGCCCGCUCCAUUUUCGAUUCUCGUGGUAACCCAACCGUCGAAGUAGAUCUCAUAACAGACUUGGGCCUCUUCAGGGCGGCGGUACCAUCGGGUGCCAGUACCGGCAUCCACGAAGCCCUAGAACUACGAGACGAUGUCAAAGACGAGUAUAUGGGAAAAGGCGUUGCCAAAGCCGUGGGCCACGUCAAGAACACUAUCGGCCCUGCGUUGAUAAAACAAAAUUUGGAUGUCACUCAGCAGGAAGCCAUUGACGAUUUUAUGAUAAAGCUUGAUGGUACUGACAAUAAAUCACAAUUCGGUGCCAAUGCUAUAUUAGGAGUUUCUUUGGCUGUAUGUAAAGCUGGAGCAGCCAAACGUGGAUUACCUUUGUAUAGGCAUAUCGCUGAUUUGGCUGGAAAUAAAAAUAUCAUUCUUCCUGUACCAGCAUUCAACGUUAUCAAUGGUGGUUCUCACGCUGGCAAUAAAUUGGCAAUGCAAGAGUUCAUGAUCCUCCCCACUGGUGCCUUUUCAUUUUCCGAAGCAAUGAGAAUGGGCACUGAAACUUAUCACCAUCUCAAAAAAAUCAUCAAAGACAAAUAUGGUUUGGAUGCUACCGCUGUAGGCGAUGAAGGAGGCUUCGCCCCAAAUAUCACGAAUAACAAAGACGCGUUGCAGAUUAUUAAUGAGGCUAUUGAGAAGGCUGGCUAUACGGGUCGCAUACAAAUCGGUAUGGACGUAGCUGCUUCAGAAUUUUAUAAAGAUGGCUUGUACGAUUUGGACUUUAAAAAUCCGAAAAGCGAUAAAAGAACUUGGAUAAACGGCGAGAAGCUUAUGCAAAUGUAUCAAGAUUUCAUUAGAACUUAUCCGAUGGUAUCCAUUGAGGACCCAUUCGACCAAGACGAUUGGGAAGCAUGGUCGUUAAUGAAAAGCUGCACUGAGAUUCAAAUAGUUGGUGACGAUUUGACAGUUACAAAUCCGAAACGAAUUCAAAUCGCAAUUGAAAAAAAAGCUUGCAACUGCUUGCUAUUGAAAGUAAAUCAGAUCGGUACAGUGACUGAAUCUAUACGAGCUCAUUUGUUGGCUAAACAAAACGGUUGGGGUACCAUGGUAUCGCAUCGAUCAGGUGAAACUGAAGAUACCUUCAUAGCUGAUUUAGUGGUUGGAUUAGCAACAGGACAAAUCAAAACAGGAGCACCUUGUAGAUCGGAAAGGUUGGCGAAAUAUAAUCAGAUGUUGAGGAUUGAGGAGGAGCUUGGACCGAAAGCUGUGUAUGCUGGAAAGGCUUUUAGAAGACCGACAUGCUAACUCGGGAUUAUUUAAUCUAAAUUUUUUGUGAAAAUGUGUUAUUUCGUAAAAAAGUGAAUGUGGUUUCUGAUUUACUUUUGCAUUCACCUCUCAAAUGCUAAACAUAGCUAUGUUAAUACCUUUGGGUAAAAUUGAAUUUAUACUUUAUGGGUUUGAUCGUGACUACGGCAAACCGGCAUCUUAUUAAAUAACAGUCCAUAUUUUCAGAAAAUUAAAAUGCAAAUUGCACGCCUUCGGCGUAUUGAAAUAAGUCGAAAUGCUAUUAGCAAGAGCUACUUGUUGCGGCUCUUUAUUUCCUUUAUUGCUGCGCUAGCGCGGCUAGAUUAACUGUUUCAUUAACUGUGCGGCAAAUAAAAGUCGCCGGCCUUCCUGCGUUUGCAGCUACAGCUUUUUUAUUUUCGUAGAAAAUCUGUAGAACGGGUGUUGAUAAGACGAACGGUUCACAAGCACUGAUGUCUUCUGUCUUGGCCUUUAUAGGCGCUACCGGCUGAAUUCCAAAAUGUAUGGAUAAUGAUUUUUGUGUAACAUGUAUUUUGCGUAAAUGGUGGUUAGUUUUUAGAUUCCCAUAAAAAAUUUCUAGUCAAUGAAGUAUCUAACCUGAUAUUUUCUGGAAUGAAUACGGGACAAUUUUGACCGUUUUUAAAAAAAAAGUAUAGGCGCUUGUUAUAAUAAUAUAUCAUACUGAUUUUU